AUGCAGCAUGAGUUGCUACGAGUCCUCUAUCCAGUGUUUAUCCACUGCUUUAUGGAUCUCGUGUCAAAGGGUCAUAUCCAAGAAGCUCGAGCUUUUUUCAAUAGCUUCCGAGAAGACCAUGAGAUGAUGCAUUUACGUGACCUCCAAAAAUUGGAAGGGGUUCUUUCUCCCUCUCAUCUGGAGGAGAUGGAGUUUGCUCAUUCUCUAAGGCAAAGCAAAGUGAACAUAAAAAUAUGCCAGUACUCUUAUGAUCUUCUGCUGCAAUAUUUGCACAAAACACAAUCCAUUAUGGUUCUUGGAAUUAUCAACGAGCGUAUCAACUUUCAAGUUUCUCCUGGACAGCCAGCCUCAAUUUCUGAUGAUGCUGAAGUUGUUACACUUGUUGGGAGUGGGCAGGAUGCAGCUAAUCUGCUAAAUCAAAAAGAAAUACAUUGGGGAUUGCUUGAAGAUUCUUUAGAAGAGCGUUUAGAGAAAGGUUUGCUUUCUGAUUCAGAAAAGAUUGAGGGAGAAACCAAAGAAGGGGAAUUGGAAGAGCCCAAGAAAAGAUCAGCGGAGGGGGGAAAGCAAGGGGCUUCAAUCAAAAAGUCAAAAAAGGACAAAGUUGUUGGUGCAACAGUGAAAGCUUCUCGGACUGAGGGAAACACAGUAUCUGUGGCACCACGUGUCAAACCAGAGCUCAUGUUGCCAAUAAUGUAUCUCCGAAAUUCCCUGUUUCAAAGAAAAGUGUGUUUUUUAUUUUAG